AAAGAAAUAAAAAUAGAAAACAAAAACAAAAAAGAUUGGUGGGACGUGGGUGGCGUUUGAGAUCGGUGAUAGUUGUAACCGGUAGGUGUCAACUAAGUAUUCAACGAAAGUAAGCAUUCAAACCUCAACAUCUCCUCUUCUUCCCAAUUGCAGCCUGGUGUAGCUAGGGUUUUUCAUUUUCCCCCAAUUUCACGCACUCAAUUCAAUCAAUCGAAGGGAGGUAUGGCAAAUCAAGGUGCGAAGAAACGACGGGACGAGAACACUCGUCAUAUGAACAAUCUCUUUCGCCUCAUCAUCGCUUCCAAUGCCAUUUUUCUCUUGUUAAGGGCAGGGGUCUUUUAUUCCACUUUUACAUGGCUGCAUUGGAUUGGCCUAAUAUUAACAUCAGGCGCAUAUUAUAUAUGCUAUAAUCAACUAGCAUCAAUGGCAAAACCUACCUAUACUGAUGAUGGGGACCUUUUAGAUGGCGGGUUUGAUAUGAGUACUGGUGGAGCUUGUGGAUACCUACACGAUGUUAUCUACAUUACUUGCUUUGUGCAACUCACGUCUAUCAUAUCUGGGAAGUUUUGGUGGAUAUACGCCGUGAUACCGGCAUUUGCAGUGUAUAAAGGAUGGGGUUUGAUUAAGGGGUUUCUCCCUCAAGGUUCUGAGGGAGUUGAAGAGGAUGAAAAGACCCGGAAGAAAAGAGAGAAGAUGGAGAAGAAAGCCUCGAGAGGGAAAUUUGUCAAAGCAAAAGCUCGAUAGAUUCAGAUUUGAUUACAUUUUCCUCUCUGGUUUAGUUUCGUUGUAACGAUAUACCCACAUGUUAUAAGUUAUUUGGUCGUUUUAGACUUUGGAAAUUUAUCGACUACUAAAUUCGGGAUUAAUUUGGUCGUUCAGUCUUCAUCACAUGGUUGGUUCUAUAUGAGGUUAGUUGGUGCAAGACUUUCGAGUCAAAUGUUUUGGUUU